CCGCGUUAGUUGCGCUCAUGCACGCCAUGCAUACAAAUAGUAAAACUGCUACCGUUGACAUAGGUUAUCGACGUGUUGUCAUUUGAAUGGUGUCCCUGGAGGCAGCGGGUCAUAGAAUAUAGGUUGAGUGUCUUACAAACAUGGAAAUUGGAACAGUGUUUUCGGUAUUGCUGGUGUGUGGUGCCUUUAGCUGUGGAACGUCUUUGAAACAUAGAAAAGACAAUGCCAGAAUUUUAAAUGCUAACGAAGUGAUGGAUAUAUCCGAUUUUUCUGUUUAUUACGAUUUGAAAACUAACGAGACAAUAAAGAGAAUGAUGCCCCGUCCAUGGUACAAGCCUGGUUGGAUGCUGCGGCUGCCAUUCAUGGGAGGAGCAUGUUCUUGUGAAGAAAAUCAGUGUAAAUGUUGUACAGGAAUUAAGAUAAGGACGUUCGGUUUUGAAAAAACCUGUAUACUUCUCAACUAUGAUCCCGAACCUUCGACGCUCAAUAUGGAAGUAAUGAUGAACAAUGCGAGUAUCUACAAAAAUACAUUUUCUGCUCGCAAUCCACCACCGUUCUGCCUGCCGAUUCCAGUGCCUUAUGUACCGCCCGGUCUCGUCGACAUGUGCAUCCGAUUAUUUGACAUAAACGUAAUGGACCAGAGACUGCACAUCUGUAUGGACAUUGAUACUAGGAUCGACAUGACCCCUGUUUUGGUCCUUCAUUUCGAUUGUAUGGACAUGGGUUUCAACGGUGUCGGCUUAUCGAAACCUGGUGGUGUCAUGCCAGCAAGUGAUUCCACCGAACCGAGUCAACUCGACAGCGACGUCUACGAUCCCGUCACAGAGGCUGUGGAACCCACUACUCAAAUGUUCAAUAACAGUAUAACAUAUAUAUAAUUAUAUGCGU